AUGGCGGAAUUGGAGAGCGAAUUGCAGUGUCUGCGUGAGACAGAACUGCAACUGCAGUCCCAAAUCGAAGCGGGACGUCAGCGAGAGUACGAAGCCAUUCGUCUGCAGAAUGUAGCAGAGAAGGAAUAUUGGGAUUUACAUGAUGAGGUACAAGAGAUUAUAAAUCGAGAGAAAGAUCGCGCGACAAACGAUCAUUGUUCUUCUCCGUUGCCUCCUCCUCCGGUGUCGUGGGCUGAGCCUUUGGAUACGUCUCACAGAGGUGAUAUCAAUCAUUGCGAUGUAGAUGGUUCCUCCUUUCCUCCUCCUCCACCACCUAUAGCGGUCGACGUUGAAUUAUCCAACAGUCAGCGGAAUUCAAUGGCGCACCAUGGAUCCUCUGGUUGGGAAACGAACAAUCCACCUUCAGUUCCCUUCGCUUCGAAUGUCUAUACUUCCGCACCAACUAUCCAUCCGCACACGUAUUCUCAGGCAUUGCGAUCGCAUUUUCUAGGUGAUCAGCUUGGACCAUCGUCGCAACAACUAGCGGCAAGGCAGGUGGUGACUAAAGAGCUUCCCAUUUUCUCUGGUGAUUCGAUCGAUUGGCCGCUGUUCAUUAGCAGCUACCGGCAUUCCACGGACACUUGCGGGUAUACCAACUCCGAGAAUCUUCUCCGCCUACAACGAAGUCUAAAGGGAAGUGCGAAGGAUUCCCAACUGUAUGGGCGCCCGGAACAGAUCGUCAACAACAUGAUCGCCAAGGUACGCGCAACACCUCCACCGAAACCAGACCGGUUGGAGACUCUUGUUAGCUUCGGUCUAGUGGUCCAGAACCUCUGCGGGCACUUGAAGGCGGUUGGUUUAGAAAGACAUUUGGCAAACCCGAUCCUUCUUCAAGAGUUGGUUGACAAGCUACCGGCGACGGUGAAGUUCAGCUGGGCUCUCUAUCAGGAGCAAGUUCCGGUGGUAGAUUUGAAUGUCUUCAGCGAAUACAUGGCGAAAAUUUCCUCGGCGGCGAGCGGUGUUACUCCGCUUGUCAGCAUCCCGCAGAAAGCAGUGAAGGACGAACGAAGUCGGCAGAAGGAGCGCUCCUUCGUGAACGCACACGACUCAGCGAACCAGCCGAAAGGCAGCCGACGAGAAGAAGCAGAGAAAGCUGCAACGAGCAGUGGAAAGCAGAUUGAGAGGGAGAUCAACAAGAGCAGUGGUAAAUUGUGCCCAGUAUGCAACGCUGAGAACCACCAAAUCGAGAACUGCUCGUCCUUCAAGCGACUGGAUUUGGAUGGCAGAUGGAAGGCAGUGAAAGUGCAUAAACUUUGUGCUCGUUGCCUAACAUCUCAUGCUCGUUGGCCAUGCAGAGGUGAACUCUGUGGAAUCAACGACUGCCCUAAGCGACAUCACCGGCUGCUUCAUUUUGAGCCGCCAUCGGACACGAAGGCUACGAAUGCUGUUGUAACAGUUCAUCGUCAACUAUCCUCCUCGACGCUCUUCCGUAUUCUUCCGGUUACCUUGUUUGGGAAAUCUGGUCGGGUCAACACGUUCGCGUUCCUCGACGAUGGAUCAUCGGUCACGCUCAUUGAACGAUCGAUAACAGACGCUCUGGGGGUCAAUGGAGAGAUGGAAACGUUGCACAUCGAAUGGACCGGGGGCAUCAACAAGACGAUUACGGGUGCGGAAGUAGUUGAGAUGGAAAUAUGCGAAGCCGGCGGAAGCAAGCGAUACAAAUUAUCCGAUGUGUACACCGUAGAUAAUCUUGGCCUACCAACACAGACGAUGGACUAUUCAGAGCUGGCAGCAAGGUACGCACACCUCAAUAAACUACCGGUGAAGAGCUUCAGAUCCGCGGUACCUGGAAUCCUGAUCGGUCAGAGCAACUCUCAUCUCCUAGCAACUCUGAAACUGCGAGAGGGAAAACUGAACGAGCCUAUAGCUACGAAGACAAGAAUUGGAUGGGCAGUAUGCGGCAGUUUGCGGAAACCUCAAACGAAUUCGAUGCAUCGCCAGUUCCACAUCGCGGAGCCAACGGUCGUUGAUCUGCACGAGUUCGUUCGCCGUUUCUUCGACAUCGAGAGCAUGGGAAUAGCGGUUGUACCAGCUGUGAAAGGAGCAGAAGAACAACGGGCACUGGGAAUCCUAAAAUCCACAACACGACGAUUGAGCGGCGAGAAGUUCGAGACGGGACUGUUGUGGAAACAUGACUACGUGGAGAUGCCGAACAGUUGGCCGAUGGCAGAACGUCGAUUCAGGUGCCUGGAAAAACGUUUAACCAAGAAACCGGAGUUGUAUGAAAGCGUUCGACAGCAAAUUGCGGAUUUUAUAAGCAAGGGGUAUAUCCACGUAGCGACAGCGGAAGAAGUUGAAGGAUUCGACCUACGGCGCACAUGGUUUUUACCGAUUGGAGUUGUCGUGAAUGAGAAGAAGCCAGGGAAGAUUAGAGUCAUCUGGGUUGCGGCAGCGAAGGUUGACGGCGUUUCACUGAACUCGAUGUUAUUGAAGGGACCCGAUCUUCUUACGCCGUUGUUGUCCGUAAUGUUCCCAUACCGGGAGCGACAGGUGGCAGUUUCUGCAGAUAUCAAGGAGAUGUUUCUGCAAAUCGCAAUUCGUCAGCAAGAUCGUAGCGCUUUGUUGUUUCCGUACCGAGAUUCCCCUGAACUUCCAAUGAAAAUUAUGGUAUCUGACCUGGCAAUUUUUGGUGCGGCUUGCUCACCAGCUCAUUCACAAUACAUAAAGAAUUUGAACGCGCAAGAGCAAGAACAGGAGCUACCCCGUGGAGCUGCGGCAGUCAUCAAAAGGCACUACGUGGACGACUAUGUAGACAGUUUCGACACUGCGGAAGAAGCGUGUGAAGUGGCGAGAGAAGUGAUCGAGGUGCACAAGCGAGCUGGAUUCUACAUUCGGAAUUGGAUGUCAAGUGAUAAGAACGUGUUAGAGAAGCUUGGAGAAGUAGACCGGAAACCGCCGAAGGACAUGUUACCGGAGAAGGAAGGAUUCGAGCGAGUGUUGGGCAUGGCCUGGUUACAAGAAGAUGACGUCUUUUUAUUUUCGCUGCAAUCUUGUGAUAAAGUACGAAGCCUGCUAGAAAGUGAUCGAGCUCCUACGAAACGAGAAAUGCUGCGACUGGUCAUGAGUAUAUAUGACCCCUUAGGACUGGUAGCAUCGUUUGUAAUCCAAGGAAAGAUUCUAAUACAAGAAGUCUGGCGAACCGAGACCGAUUGGGACAACCGAAUCCCAAAGGAACUUGCUGCAACUUGGUUGGAGUGGAUAGCCAUACUGAAGAAGCUGGGUGAAUUGCGUAUACCUCGGUGCUAUUUUCCGGGGUAUGAUCCGAAAAGCCUUGAAACCCUAGAGCUACACGUGUUCGUCGAUGCUAGUGCUCAAGCCUUCGCAGCAGUAGCAUACUUUCGAAUCAUUGAUCGAGGCCAGAUCAGGGUAGCACUUGUUGCUUCGAAGACGAAGGUCGCGCCGCUUCGAGGACUAUCUAUUCCUCGACUGGAAUUAAUGGCGGCGUUGCUAGGAGCUCGGUUACGGAAAACUAUCGAGGAAAACCAUUCGCUGAAGGUCCAGAAAACUUACUUCUGGAGUGAUUCAUCUACGGUUUGUUCGUGGAUCAAGUCGGAUACGCGACGGUACCGCCAGUUUGUCGCCUUCAGGGUCGACGAGAUAUUGAACCUUUCAUGUCUAGAAGAAUGGCGAUGGAUUUCAACGAAAAUCAACGUGGCGGAUGAAGCAACGAAGUGGGGCAAAGGACCUUCAUACAACAUAGACAGCCGCUGGUUCCAGGGACCAGAAUUUCUCUACAACAGCGAAGAACAUUGGUUGAAGACUCCGGAUGAAGAUACUGAUGAAAGCGAUAAGGAGCUACGGGAAGCGUAUGUGUGCAGCCACCUAGUUAGACAACCAUUGGUGAAUACUGAAAGGUUUUCGCGGUUCGAAAGGAUGCUGCGUACAGUGGCGUAUGUCCAUCACUUCGUGGAUAGUCUACGGUCAGCGAAAGGGAAGGAAAAACCUGCUGAUGUUAUGGGGCUGACUAGUGCGGAGAUUCAGAAAGCGGAAAGGACGUUAUGGAUGCUAGCGCAGGCGGAUGCGUUUCCGGACGAAGUCGCAAUCCUCAAGCAAAACUUGGAACGUUGCCGGGGAAGCCAGAAGUCAGUGGGAUCGUCCAGUUGUCUUGCGAAACUUUCACCAUUCGCUGAUGAUUUCGGAGUGCUGCGAGUAGGCAGUAGGGGCGCAGAAGCUCAUGUACUGACCUUUGAUGCUAAGUUUCCCGUCAUUCUGCCAAGAAAUCAUCGGGUCACCGAGUUGCUGCUGGAUUUCUAUCACCGGAAAUAUGGUCAUGCCAAUGAUGAAACCAUCGUCAACGAGGUACGUCAGAAGUUCCAUGUGCCACGCCUGCGAGUCGAAAUACGUUUAACCAGGAAACACUGCAUGUGGUGCCGCAUACACAAAGCAAUGCCUGUGGCUCCAAAAAUGGGACCGCUUCCAGCUGUACGGUUAGAACCAGAUGUUCGCCCGUUCACCUAUGUGGGCGUUGAUCUUUUUGGCCCAUAUUUGGUGAAAGUCGGACGGAGCGCAGCUAAACGAUGGGUGUGCCUUUUUACCUGUCUUACGAUCAGGGCUAUUCAUCUAGAGGUAGUAGCUAGUCUGUCUACCGACGCGUUUAAGAAGGCAGUUAGAAGGUUUAUAGCCCGGAGGGGAUCCCCACUGGAAAUCUACUCCGACAAUGGGACUAACUUUGUAGGAGCAAGCCGGGAACUGCUAGAUGAAAUCAACAGAAUCUACACUGAUCUGGGAAGCACCUUCACAAAUGGUAACACUCAGUGGCGGUUCAAUCCCCCCGCAGCUCCUCACAUGGGGGGCUGCUGGGAACGUAUGGUUCGCUCUGUCAAAUCAGCACUACGAGCGAUUCCUAUAGAGCGAAAACUGGAUGACGAAUCGUUUGCGACCGUGCUUGCUGAGGCAGAAAGUAUGGUCAACUCUCGACCAUUAACGUUCAUCCCUUUGGAAACGGCGGACCAGGAAUCGCUGACCCCGAAUCACUUUUUGUUGCUAAGCUCAAAUGGUGUUCGCGAACCUGACAAGUAUCCAACAGAUGUAGGUACGGCGUUACGAAGUAGCUGGAAUAUGGUUAAGCACACACUGGACAAUUUUUGGCGGCGUUGGGUAUUGGAAUAUUUGCCAACCAUUAUCCGCCGGACGAAGUGGUUUAAGGACGUAAGACCGAUUCAGGUGGGCGAUCUGGUCCUCGUGGUGGACGAAAACGUCAGGAACAGAUGGAUACGUGGACGAGUGAUCCGGACUAUUCCGGGCAAGGACGGCGUGACACGGCAAGCAGAGGAGGAGGAAGAACCGGACGAAGAAGGAUAUGAGGAAGAAGCACGAUCGGUCCAAGUGGAAGGUGUUCGGCAAUCAGGCCGCCGGACGCGGGGCGUGUUACCCACCCGUUUAUCGGAUUUCGUCGUUGGUGUAGCAGUGCAUUCGGAGUUCGAACCGGUUACUUUCGAGGAGGCGAUGGCUUGUCCGGAACGAGAUUCCUGGAAGGCCGCCAUGGACAGUGAGAUGGCAUCGCACAAGAAAAAUGGCACUUGGGAACUAGCUCGACUUCCCAAAGGCAAGAAGCUCGUCGGAAGCCGAUGGGUUUACAAACUCAAGCGGAAUGAAGCCAACGAGAUCGUGCGCUACAAAGGCCGAAUCGUGGCGCAGGGAUUUACGCAGACUCCUGGCGUGGACUUCGGGGACGUGUUCACCCCGGUAACACGACAUGCCACUCUGCGGACUCUCUUGGCGUUGGCAGGGAAAAGGAAUCUCGUACUGAAGCAUCUUGACGUCCGAACCGCUUAUCCGUACGGCAACAUCAGCGAGGAGAUCCAUAUGAGUCAGCCACCGGGAUACACGGUUCAAGGCGAGGAGGAGCUUGUUUGCUGGCUGCGCAGGAGCAUUUACGGGCUGAAACAAUCGGCCCGAUGUUGGAACGAGAAGCUGACGGAAGUGCUGCAGAAAAUGGGUUUCGAGGCGAGUGAAAGCAGAUGCGUGAUGAGAAGAACAGUGAACUUUUGA